UGCCCCCCAAGAAGACCAUCGAGGAGAUGUACCAGAAGAAGACGCAGCUGGAUCCGUCGAGAAGCACACCCAGACCCUCUGGGUCGACGAGAACGGCGAGAUGGUCCACCGCCCGGUGACCUACGUCCCUGGCAUCUUCGAGAUCUUCGACGAGAUCCUCGUCAAUGCUGCUGACAAGAAGCAGCGGGAUCCGUCGAUGGCCUCCGUCAAGGUGGAGAUUGACGUAGCCGGGAACUGCUUGAGCGUCUACAACAACGGGGAUGGGAUUCCCGUCGAGAUCUACCAGGAGGAGGGGGUCUACGUGCCGGAGAUGAUCUUUGGGCACUUGCUGACCAGUAGCAACUACGACGACAGCGUCAAGAAGACGACCGGUGGGCGGAACGGGUACGGGGCGAAGCUCACCAACAUUUUCUCAACCGAGUCCGUCAUCCAGAUUGCAGAUGGAAGGAGGCAGAAGAAAUACAAGCAGGGAAUCUGGUUUGAUCCAUAAGCUAAAAAGAGGGGUUGUCAGCUACAACUUCGGGUAUCUGCGGUGUUUUCUUUACAAUCGGAGUGUAACUUCUAAACAAUUUCUAGGUUAUGAGUUUUAAAGUCUCAGCCUUGAGAUUGGGAGAUCUGCGGUCAUGGUUUCUGUGAUUCUUCAUAUGUAGGUUUUCUCAGAAAAUAUGGGAAAGAAGUCUGAGCCCUCCAUUGUUAAGUGCAAGGAAGGAGAAAACUGGACUAAGGUCACUUUCAAGCCAGAUUUGGCCAAAUUUAACAUGACCCAUUUGGAAGAUGAUGUGGUUGCACUCAUGAAGAAGAGAGUUGUUGAUCUAGCAGAGGGAGAUUCAGCAAAAGCUCUUGCUAUGGUAUCUCUGUCGUAGGAAGGAACCACUAUGGUGUGUUCCCUCUGAGGGGUAAGCUACUGAUUGUGAGGGAAGCAAGCCACAAGCAGAUAAUGGAGAACGCAGAAAUCCAGAACAUUAAGCAAAUUCUCGGUUUGCAGCAGGGGAAGGAGUAUGAAAGCACCAAAGGUUUAAGGUAUGGACAUCUCAUGAUAAUGACGGAUCGGGAUCAUGAUGGUUCUCACAUCAAGGGCCUCCUGAUUAACUUCAUACAUUCAUUUUGGCCAUCACUGCUGAAAAUCCCAUCGUUCAUGGUUGAAUUCAUCACACCUAUAGUGAAGGCAACUCAUAACAGAAACAAGAAUGUCCUGUCAUUCUACUCCAUGCCUGAGUAUGAAGCAUGGAAAGAAAGUUUGGAAAGGAAUGCAAGUAGCUGGUCUAUUAAGUAUUAUAAGGGGUUGGGAACAAGCACAUCAAAAGAAGGAAAGGAAUAUUUACAAGAUAUUCAUAAGCAUAAGAAAGAUUUUAUGUGGGUGGAUGAACAAGAUGGAGAUGCUAUUGAAUUGGCAUUCAGCAAGAAAAAGAUUGAGGCUAGGAAAAACUGGCUUCGCCAAUUUGAGCCGGGCACAUAUCUUGGUCAGAGGGAGAAGCUCAUCAAAUACAGUGAUUUUGUCAACAAGGAGCUGAUCUUGUUCUCUAUGGCAGAUUUGCAGCACUCUAUACCGUUAAUGGUUGAUGGCUUGAAAUCAGGCCAGAGAAAAAUUUUGUUUUGCUCAUUUAAAUUGGGAUCGCCAGGUGCUAUGCUUAUGACGGCCGUUUGGCCAUCUAUAAAUUGGGAGAUGAAUCAUGGACUGUGUUGAUUACUGGUUUAUUCAGCUCGUCUCUCUCUGCGGCGCACCAUGAGGGGAGCCUAUAUAUGAUUGGCUUGGCCGACAAUGCUUCGGUUUAUGAAAUUGCUUCCUCUUUGGACUCUGCGCCGUUCGAUUUGCCAGAUAUUGAUGACGAGGACUUUGACGAUCUGAUUUUCAUCACAACAUCUUCACAGUUGUUAUUGUUUGCCUGUUGUAAUAGUUUUGUCAAUGCUGAUUCUGAUGAUGACGAUGCGGAUUCUGAAUUUGAUUAUGCCACGCAUUAUAAGAUGUAUGAGUUCAUGUCGGAGAACCCUUCCGAAUGGUCUCUGAUCAAAAGCAUUCAUGACAAUGCAAUGUUCGGAAUAUUUGUACCACACCUGAACUUCAUUGUUUGUACCAGAGAUAUUUCUGGAUGCCAAUAGGACUGCAUUUACUUUAGUGAGCUCAACCGCCGCAUCGAUUGGUCAUGUGAUCGACUCUACAGCAGUGCUUAUCAAAUAGAUGUGCUCGAUCUUAAGACCGGCAACUUUGAGGAUUUAUUGUGUCAUCCCUAGGAACCAGACUCCAAAGAGUUGGCCCAAAUACCACGCACCAACUUUUUGGAGUCUGGUUCCUAGGGAUGACACAAUAAAUCCUCAAAGUUGCCGGUCUUAAGAUCGAGCACAUUUAUUUGAUAAGCACUGCUGUAGAGUCGAUCACAUGAUCAAUCGGUGCGGCGGUUGAGCUCACUAAAGUAAAUGCAGUCCUAUUGGCAUCCAGAAAUAUCUCUGAUACAAACAAUGAAGUUCAGGUAUUGUAUAAAUGCUCCGAACACGGUAUUGUCAUGAAUGCUUUUGAUCAGAGACCAUCCGGAAGGGUUCUCCGACAUGAACUCAUACAUCUUAUAAUGCGUGGCAUAAUCAAAUUCAGAAUCGUCAUCAUCAGAAUCAACAUGGAUAAGACUAUUAUAACAGGCAAACAAUAAUAACCGUGAAGAUGUUGUGAUGAAAAUCAGAUCGUUAAGGUCUUCGAUGUCAAUAUCUGGCAAAUUGAAUGGCUCAGGGUCCAAAGGAAGUUUUGUAUCUUUCAUCGAGCUUCAAGAUGUUGGUUGAUUAAAGCUUUUGUUAAAAAAAUAUUCAAUUGAAAUACUCUUUGGAAUUUGAAUAUUUUGUAGGAUGUUUUUGUGGACGUAAUCUGUAGGAUAUGAAUAUAUGAAGAAAAAGUUUGAACCAA